AGAAAAUUAAGUCGACUUCUUAUCUGUGUUUGUAAAACCCCAAAUACAACACGCCCAAUCAAAUCGAUUUCAAACCCUAAAAUUCUCGUUCCUCUGAUCAAUCAUUCAAUUAGCCUUUUCCAAUUUCACAUCCCAUCCUUUCUUCAAAGAUAUACAGAAAUAAAGCACACAUCUUCCGGAUCUUUCAUUGCAGCAGCUUGUUAAUCGAUAUCGGAAUCUUGGUCAAAUCAAAGGAGGGUUUUUGAUUUUGAAAAGGAAAAUCAAAAGAUUGGGCAAGGCUGGCGCGUGUCCAAGAUAUGUAAUGGCGGAUUCGCCAGGUGUCCGCCACGUUUUCUUGCUCGAAUUCGUUAUUGUUAUUCUGCUUUCAUCUUCGCUGUUCAUCAAAUUAGGGUUAGGGUUUGUUGAAGCUAGUUGUUGUUGUGAUUAAAAGCAUGCUGAGCGUGCUGAGAGUGCACCUCCCGUCCGAUAUUCCGAUUGUGGGUUGCGAGCUUUCGCCCUACGUGCUCAUCCGCCAUCCCGAUAAGACUGUCUCCACCGAAGAUGUCCCUGAGUCUUCCCCAAUUGACAAUCAUUUUCUGAGAUAUAAGUGGUAUCGCAUACAAAGUGAUAAGAAAGUCGCGAUCUGUAGUGUACAUCCAUCUGAACAAGCCACUUUACAGUGUUUGGGCUGCGUGAAAGCCAAAAUCCCUGUAACCAAAAGCUACCACUGCACUCCAAAAUGUUUCUCAGAUGCAUGGCAACACCAUCGUGUCCUCCAUGAACGUGCUGCUACUGCAGUUAAUGAAAACGGAAAUGAAGAAGAAGAUAUAUACGGAAGAUUCAAUAACACAACAUCUGGGGUGAAUAACACAAAUGGUACACUACCAUUACCAUUGUAUCCUGCUACAAUCACACAAAGAAAUGGUGGUGAAACUUGGUUUGAAGUUGGACGUUCAAAAACAUACACACCAACAGCAGAUGACAUUGGCCAUGUUCUUAAGUUUGAAUGUGUUGUUAUAGAUUCAGAAACAAAAUCGCCUGUUGGACAUGGGAACACGAUACUGACAUCGCGGGUGAUUCCAGCUCCAUCACCAAGUCCAAGAAGAUUGAUUUCAGUCAUUGAUGGAACAGGGCAUUUGGAUUCAUCUUCUGGAACUUUUACUGUGCUUUCAUAUAACAUUUUGUGUGAUUCUUAUGCAACCAGUGAUGUUUAUGGUUAUUGCCCUUCGUGGGCCCUUUCUUGGCCUUAUAGAAGACAAAAUUUGUUAAGAGAAAUUGUUGGGUACCUUGCGGAUAUUGUUUGUCUUCAAGAGGUUCAAAGUGAUCAUUUUGAAGAGUUUUUUGCCCCUGAGUUGGAUAAACAUGGAUACCAGGCUCUUUUUAAGAAAAAGACAUCUGAGGUUUAUAAUGGAAGCAUUCAGACUAUUGAUGGAUGUGCAACAUUUUUCCGAAGAGACAGAUUCUCACAUGUUAAAAAAUACGAAGUUGAAUUUAAUAAAGCUGCACAAUCUUUAACUGAUGCUUUGGUUCCUAAUGCUCAAAAGAAAACAGCCUUGAAUCGAUUGGUCAAGGAUAAUAUUGCACUGAUUGUUGUUCUAGAAGCUAAGUUUAGCAACCAAGGUGUUGAUAAUCUUGGGAAGCGUCAACUUGUUUGUGUGGCAAAUACCCAUGUGAAUGUUCAGCAUGAUCUAAAGGAUGUGAAACUGUGGCAGGUUCACACACUGUUAAAAGGAUUGGAAAAGAUAGCUGCAAGUGCAGAUAUUCCAAUGUUAGUCUGUGGCGACUUCAAUUCAGUUCCAGGAAGUGCCCCUCAUGCUCUUCUUGCAAUUGGAAAAGUUGAUCCAAUGCAUCAAGAUUUAGCAGUUGACCCUCUUGGAAUCUUGCGACCUGCCACUAAACUCACUCACACUCUUCCCUUGGUGAGUGCAUACUCAUCUUUUGCUAGAAUUGGUGGUAGUCUUGGUUAUGAGCAACAAAAGAGGAGAGUUGACCCUAAUACAAAUGAACCCUUGUUCACUAAUUGUACACGUGACUUCAUUGGCACACUUGAUUACAUAUUUUAUUCAGCGGAUAGUUUGAGUGUGGAAUCAUUAUUGGAGCUUUUGGAUGAGGAUAGUUUGAGGAAAGAUACAGCACUUCCUUCACCAGAAUGGUCUUCAGAUCAUAUUGCACUUUUGGCUGAGUUUAGGUGCAAGCCUAGAACAAGAAGAUGAUCCAUUUUCAUUUUAGAUGAUGGCGAAAGAGGCUUUUAAAGCAAUGUAAGUGAAAAAAAACUGUUAAAGAAGUAGAUCGUUAGUCUUUGUAGGGAAUUUGUGCAAUGUGCAAUGAUCUACUCUACACUAUGUAUCAUGCUACCUUUUGGAAAAAUCCAUCAUUUUUAGUUUUUUGUUUCUUUGUUUUCGAUAGAAAUUUAAUUUUCACAAGUAUAAUUUAGCCAUGACCCUUAAGUUGAAGGGCAAGCGUUUCCAAUGGUGAUGUAUUUUCUUUGUGAUAAUGGUGGGUGGAUGAAAGAGAACAUACGAAUAGAGACAUUUUUUUUUGUUACUAUUGAAUACAAAGGUGCAAAAGAUCUUUUCAUUUA